AUGACUUGGAGAAAGAAAAAACGGGGUGGAAACAAGAAAACUCGUCAAGAGGCACCACGAGAAAGAGAUAAUACUAAAAGCAACUUUAAUGAUAUUGUUAGGGAAAAUGAAGCUUUCGAGAAGUAUUACAAGGUUCAAAAUAUUAUACCUGAAACAGAAUGGGAAAGGUUUAUGGAAGUAAAUAAAACUACUCUUCCAACUUCAUUUCGUAUUACUGGGAGUCGAAGUAAUGCAUUUGAAUUACGUAAUGUCCUAGUAAAUGUUCAUGUUCCAGAAUUGAAUAAAAUCCAAUUUGGUGAUGAUAAUAAAUCUGAAGCCCCAAGGCCUUUACCUUGGUACCCGGAUGAAUUUGGAUGGCAACAUUCCGCACCAAGGAGUACAAUUAAAAAAAGUCCUGCAUUUCAAACUUUUCAUAAAUGGCUAGUUGCAGAAACUGAAGGAAAUAUUAGUCGUCAGGAGGCAGUUAGUAUGAUACCACCUUUGCUACUAGAUGUUAAACCUGGUCACUGGGUGCUUGAUAUGUGCGCAGCUCCAGGAUCAAAAACUGUACAAAUGUUAGAAGCGGUGCAUGCAAAUGACUUACAAGAUAAGACAAUUCCUUCUGGUCUCGUCAUUGCAAAUGAUGCUGACCUAAAACGAAGUUGUAUGCUUGUACAUCAAGCUAAACGGUUGAAAAGCCCAUGUUUAAUAGUAACUAAUCAUGAUGCAGCACAAUUUCCUGGUGUAUACGUUAAGCAGGGUCUAACCGAGGAAAAAAAGCCAAUACAGUUUGAUCGUAUCUUAGCAGAUGUUCCAUGCAGCGGUGAUGGAACUUUAAGAAAAAAUUUUUUGAUUUGGAAAAAUUGGGGCAUAGGAA